AUGGCAGGAGGGGUAGGUCCUCCUUGGCUUCUCUUGGCAGAUGAGGAAAUCGAGAUGACUCGAAUGGCGGUCCGCUUUGAGCUGCAGGACCUGAACAUGAGGCCCGAUCCAGAGCCGUUGCUGACCGAGAUGAUCCACGCAGCAGCUUACAGGGAAAACACCGUGGGAUUGAACAGGUUCUGUCCGGCGGAGAACACUGAGAAAAUCGACAGGACGCUCCUCCACUCGUACCUGAGGAAUUACUACACACCCGACAGGAUGGUGUUGGCUGGUGUGGGAAUCGAACACCAGCAGCUUGUGGACUGUGCUCGCAAGUACUUCCUGGGAGCCCUUCCGGCCUGGGGAAGCGGAAAAGCCGAGGAUGUGGACAAGUCGGUUGCCCAGUACACUGGCGGGAUCCUCAAGCUUGAGAAGGACAUGUCAGAUGUGAGUUUGGGGCCGACCCCCAUCCCAGAGCUGGCCCACAUCAUGAUUGGACUGGAAAGCUGCUCGUUUCUGGAGGAAGACUUCAUUGUCUUUGCCAUCUGCCACAUGAUGAUGGAGGGUGGCUCUUUCUCUGCUCCUGGCAGAGGCAUGUUCACCAGGUUGCUGUCUCCACUGGAGAGAGGGCUGAGCCCUGACAAGACGCAGUUGCUGAUGAUGAUGAACCUGGAGUCUCGGUCGGUCAUUUUCGAGGACGUCGGGAGACAGGUCUUGGCCACGGGAGGGAGGAAGCUGCCGCAGGAGCUCUGUGUCCUGAUUGACAAAGUGAGUGCCGGUGACAUCAGGCGGGUGGUGACGAAGAUGCUGCGGAAGAGGCCGGCAGUGGCUGCCCGGGGGCUGCCCAGCUACGAGCACCUCCAGGCCGCCCUUGCCAGCAAGGACGGACACCUUCCCAGGGUGUAUCGGCUGUUCCGUUAAGGUUGCAGCUGCCCCACCCAGGGCUUUGGUCGAGACGACCCGUUGCUUGCCAAGUGCUUCUCUGCCAAGAGGGCGGCUUGGCGCGCACACUGGGCAUUGGAGGAAGGUGGUCACCAGAGCUAUUUCCACGUCUGUUCAAAUUCUGUUCAGCUUUAAAAUAACUUAUUUUGUGAGAUUCAAAGCCUUCAAUGGGACCAGAAUGGUGGGGAGUGUCCCUGCUCUUGGCUGGGUGUGCAGGGAAAUCAGAGUACAGCUCCAUUUGCUCUUGGCAUUUUCUGCCAGUGGGCAUCGAUGUCGCCCUUUCGGAUUUGGAGUGAUGUGGGUUUGUUUGCCACCAUUGAAGCACUUCGCAAGAGACAAGUCCUGGAAAUAGAUCCCUCGCAUCAAAUGCUUCUCAUUUCUUUUCUCAUUCUCGGCUUCCAGUUCCAGCAAGAAUUAAAAAGUUCCAGUAACCUCAGCAGUUCUUAAAUUUCUUGCUCAACCCUCAGAUAUGAUAAAAUUUAUUUCUGAUCCACAGCCAGAAUCAAUGAAGUUCCCCAAAAUCAUCUGGAAAGCUUCAAAACGUUUUUGCUACUUUUUUUUGCAAGCAACUUUGCGUUGGAUGAGGGGAAUUCCUCCAAUGUCUUUUGGGCUUGGAAAUAUCCAUAAAUAAAUGGCGCUUCC